UCACGUCUCUCUACUAUCCUCCUCCUCGCCACCACUGCCGUCUAUGCGUCCGUCACCCCCGCUCACGAAUCUCAUACCGAGAACAAGCUCCCUAGUAACAGGUGGUAUCAUGAAGACGAUCAUCCAGUACACGCCCUCUUCAAGCGUGGACCAGUCAGCGAUGAUUGGUCCGCUGGCUUCCCCCCAGCUACUGCGGAUACUACGACGCUCCCAAAGGCUUGGGUGGAUGCUCUUAACGCAGCCGCCGCCGCGGGCAAGAUUCCCGAUAUUCCCCAGUCUACAAGUACCAAUGGACUGGAUCCCGUAUACCCCUCUGGGUAUGACCCAUCAAGCGCUACCGUUUGCUCCUCAACUGCCAAGUGUGUCACGCCAGGUGACGUGUGGGACGCUCCGCCAGGUGUUAUCGCCCUUAGUUUUGACGAUGGCCCGCAACCGGCAUCAGAUCAACUGUAUCAGUUCCUCGCUAGUCACUCGGAACAUGUGACGCACUUCUUCAUCGGCACCAACAUUCUCCUGUAUCCCGACCAGUUCAAAACCGCAUUCGAGACGAACCAGGAUGAUAUCGCCGUUCACACUUGGACUCAUCCAUACAUGACCACCAAGUCGAACCUCGAGGUUGUCGCUGAGAUCGGAUGGACGAUGGAGCUUAUCCACAACUCGACGGGCGGGCGUAUCCCCAAGUACUGGAGGCCGCCUUACGGUGACUCCGAUAUGCGCGUCCGGGCUGUUGCAAAGGAGGUGUUCGGGCUCACAACCGUCAUCUGGAAUCAAGACACUGAUGACUGGACCUUGAGCGAGCCUGUCCCAUUGACCACGCCAGAGAAAAUCCAACAGCAGAUGACACAGUGGUUGACUGGUCCAAAGACCCCCGGACUUGUCAUUUUGGAACACGAGUUGUCUGAUCUAUCCGUCAAGUCAUUCAUAGACGCAUACCCGAUGAUGGUUUCAAACGGCUGGACGAGGUUAUCUCUUGCUCAGUUAGAUGCUGGUUCAGUCUACCAGAACGCCUGGAACUCAACAUCACAAGUCAUCCCAGCAAAAGUAGGCGACUUGGCCGUCAAGCCCCCGGCCCGCGCCAGCACUACCGGUGCAAAACCGACGGCAACCACU